CUUCCACCGCCGCCGUCGCCCGAGCCACCUAGCCCCUCGCCUCCACCUUCGCCCGAGCCACCUAGCCCCUCGCCUCCCAUCCCAGCACCGCCUUCACCCGAGCCGCCAAGCCCAACGCUGCCGCUGCCACCGCCGCCAAGCCCCUCGCCUUCCAUCCCACCACCGCCGUCGCUCGAGCCACCUAGCCCCUCGCCUUCCAUCCCACCACCGCCUUCGCCCGAGCCACCCAGUCCCUCACCUCCCAUCUCAACACCGCCUUCACCCGAGCCGCCAAGCCCAACGCUGCCGCUGCAACCGCCGCCUUCGCCCGAGCAACCUAGCUCCUCACCUCCCAUCCCAACACCGCCGUCGCCCGAGCCGCCAAGCCCAACGCUGCCGCUGCCGCUGCCACCGCCGGCAUCGCCCGAGCCACCUAGCUCCUCACCUCCCGUCCCAACACCGCCUUCGCCCGAGCCGCCAAGCCCAACGCUGCCGCUUCCACCGCCGCCGUCGCCCGAG